AUGAGUCAAUCAAUAUUCGCAGUCAUGAGCCAACAAGAACAACAACAACAAGGAAUACAACAACAACCGAUGUUGAUACCAGAGGAAUUAGAGUUUGAAGAAAUACCUCCACCUCCCGAAGCUCCAUUACCAGACGAGUGUUGUGGUACUGGUUGCGUUAGAUGUGUCAACGAUAUCUAUGAAGAACAGAUGGAGGACUAUGAAGAUAUAGUUAGAAUCAUCAAACAUAGGAACAAGGUGAAACAACAAAAGAGAGAUGCCUUGGGACUACUUCCUCAACAACAAGAGACAACUGCUGUAACCGCUGCUUCAUCGUCAUCAUCAACUACUACAAACGACAGUACAUCAUUAUCUUUACUUUCUCUUCAAGAUGGUGGUAAUGAACAAGAUGACGAGGAUGACGAUGAGGAUGACCAUGAAGAGGAUGACGAGGAUGAUGAAGAGUUUAAAAUAAUUAUAAAGUAUCAUCAAAAACAACAAGAACAAGAACAAGAACAACAAGUUACAACACCAGCACCGUCAUUGAAUAUGGGGAUAUUGAAUGGAUACAAACAAUUAACAUCGGAUGACUCACCAUACACAACCUAUCAUAUGGAGAUUGAAAUGAAUGAUAGAACUACCUCAUCAUCAUCAUCAUACCAACCAGGAGACUAUGUUGCAUUACUGUGUCCAAUGGAUGGGGAAGAGGUAGAAAAGAUUAUAAAACGUAUUCAAGUUGAUGGCGAUCAACUCAUUUCAAUUGAACCAAGAAAGAAAAUGAAUAAGAAUGGAAAGGAAAAGUCGACCUUUGUCAUACCAGACCAUUUACCUAGUACAUGUCAAGUUUCAACCAUCAAGGAUAUAUUUACUUGGAGAUUGGAUAUUACAUUUGUACCACCACAAUUCUUUCUCAAACAAAUGGCGGAAUACUGUAAUGUGAAAAGCGACAGAGACAAACUCACCUACCUAUCAACAAGCUCCGGUACAUCAAUAUACAAUGAAACCAUUGUACAACACCGAUUAACAUUCACAACACUACUUGGUAAAUUUAAGUCAUUCACUCCACCACUGGAAUUCCUUUUACUUCAUAUUCCAGCUCACCAACUACGACAAUAUUCAAUCUCUAGUUCACCACUUUCAUCAAAUAAUCAUAUUCACAUUACUUUUACACUUGUAAAAUUUAAUAAUAAUCAAAAUAAUAAUACUAAUAAUAAUAAUCAACCGACACCAACAUCGACGACGACGACAAACAAAGAUUAUGGUAAAUGUACAUUUUGGAUGCAAAAACAAAUUAAACAAUUUGAAAAUAUUAAUAAUAAUAAUAAUGAUGAUAAUGAUGGAAAGAUAAUAAUACCAUAUAGAAUAGAACCAACAAAGCAUUUUAGAUUACCAAAUGAUCCAUUAAAGACACCUUUAAUAUUGGUAUCUACUGGAACUGGGUUAGCACCGUUUCGAUCAUUCCUUCAUCACCGAAAAUACCUCUACGAUAUCGAAUUGGCAAAGAAUCCAACCUUUGAAAUUGGUAAAUGUUACCUAUUCUUUGGUUGUAGAAGAGAGGAUUGGGAUCUUCUCUAUCACGAGGAAUUAUUACAAUUUGAAAAGGAAAAUAUUAUAAGUAAUUUAUUUAUUCAAUUUUCAAGAGAUCAACAAGAUACAACAUCAACAACAACAGGCAACGACAACAAAAAAUAUAUAACAUCAACAGUUGAAAAACAUGGAGAUUCAUUAUACAAUCUAGUAGAUAAACAUCAAGGUGUAAUUUAUGUUUGUGGUAAUUCCAACAAGAUUGGUAAAUGUGCAACACAAUCAUUUUUAAAUAUUAUCAAGAAAUACAAUAACACAACAACAACAACACUGAUGAGUGACAAGAAUGCAGAAGAUAUAUUAAAUAAAUGGAAAUCAAAAGGUCAAUACUUGAUGGAUGUAUGGGUAUAA